CAGUCGCGUCGGAUCGCGCCGUGGCAACUUGCCAUCAUAUUUUAUCAACGACGAACUCGCCAUGCUGGAAAACACGCUUCGAUUUCUAACAGCUGUGGUCAAGCCCAAACCUACCUUCACAAUCCCACCCUCAGACCCCGACCCGGUUCAUAACUUCUCUAUGAGAGAUCGAAACUCCUCUAAGAACCUAUCUUCAUAUCCCAGUGGAAACUCCAUCACCUCUUGGUCUUCCUCGCAGCGUCAACC